AUGAAAAUCCAAGAAAAGCACCCGUGUCAACACCCGGGCUGUAGCAAGAGCUUCACGCGCGCAGAGCACCUGCGUCGCCAUGCGCUCAACCACGAGCAGGCGCGCAAUGGGUAUACCUGCGAGCGUUGCUCUGUUCACUUUCAACGCUCUGAUCUGCUAGCCCGACAUAUAGAGCGACACGAGAAACGGGAUCUCGAAGCUGGAGGGCCCGGACAGGGGACGUUGAAGACGCGAAAGAGAACCCGGAGAGCUGAGGAUGGUUCUAUUAUUGUGCGUCCUUCACAGCGACAAAUGAGGAAUGCGGCUGCAACUCGAUCUCCUAUCUCGGCAGAUAGUUCCAGUCAAGAGCCAGAAUUACGAGACGCGGAAGAGUAUUUCCAUGAUGGUGUCCCGUUGUCACCGCCUGGCUCGGGGACUGACCCAACAUCAAUGUCUAUGGAUGACACAGAUCCCUUCCUGGCUUCGUUGGUGCCAGCUGGAUCUUUUGAGCAAUAUGUUGAGCCAAUGCCAGGACAGUUCGAUGCAGCGGAUGGGUCUUUUGGUGUUGAGUUGGAUGGGAUAGGGGAUUAUUUUGGAAUGGACACUGCAACUGACUUUAAUCUCCCAUUUGCAGCAACUUCCAAUUACAAUUGGCUCUUCGAUGUUGCUUCCCUCGACGAUGCUUUCCAUCAAUUCAACAUCCCUCUUGGGUUUGACACAGCGCCCAUUUUGGAAGAAUUGGAUUCGAACCCCCCGGAAAUACUCAAAGAAUAUGAUGGUCCGUCGGCCUUGCUCAUGGCCUCAAUCAUGGAUAGAGACGAAACAUUGGGGGAAACCACUUCACCCCCUGUACCCAGUCUCCCAGACCUGGAUUGGAUGUCUAGUGCAGCGGUGCUGGAUCCAAACACUCGAGCAAAUCUACCGAUAAUAUCCGAAGCAGCACGAAUGGGGAUUCUAGCAAUAGUGGCACACGCACAUCCGACGAGUAUUGAUGGAAAUCCCAUGGUACUUGAAUCGCCGCUCCUGACACUCCCUGCGCUUCAGUCAUACUGUGAUAUGUUUUUUGAUCGGUUUAACACGACAUACCCUCUGAUUCACCCACAUACAUUUAAUCCAAGUACUGCGCCACCAGUGUUCCUCGCCUCGAUUCUCUUCAUGGGUGCGACAUACGGCACGCGCGAGGCCCACCAAUUGGCAGUAGAGGUCCACGAUGUCCUGCGAAGCCAGUUACUCUGCCACCCGGAUUUCUCACCACAAGCUGACCUAUGGGUCCUGCAGACUAUGCUUUUGAUAGAUUGCUUCGGCAAAAUGCGAGCUGGUCCCAAACAGCGCGAGCGCGCACAGCUAUUCCACUGCGUGUUGAUCAAAAUGAUCAGGCGCAGCAACUGCUGUGGUAUACGUGGCUUGCCUAACAUGAAUCAGACGGAGGAUUUGGAUCAAUUAUGGCGACAGGCUAUGGAGGAAGAACAGCGGAAGAGGGUGGCUAUACAUUGCUUCAUGUGGGAUACGCAGCACGCAGUGCUAUUCUCGCAGUCGCUGUGUAUGUCUGCCUUCGAGAUCAGAUCCUCAUUACCGUGUGGUCCUGCGGCUUGGGAUGCCUCUUCCGCCCGAGAGUGGUCGCAGCACGCCUUCCGAGAAGAGAAUAAGCCAUUCCUCACCGUUCUGAAAGGAUAUAUUACACCGGCGGCUGUUGCCCGGCCUCGAGAUCUGAAUGUCUUUGCCCGAAUAGUCGUGCUGCACGGGUUAAUGUCCGUAUCUGCGGACCUGAAACGUCGCGAUCAAACAACCCUACGGUCGGAGACCCCGAGCGUGUCGGAGCUUGGACGCCGCGCAUGGACUGCUAGCCCGCGGCAGUUCACAGGGCUCAAGAUCUCAGGCUAUGCUCUUUAUCACGCAGCUUAUCUCGCGUUGAAUGUCGAGGUCCUCGAUUUGCAGAUCGUUGCUGGCGCGUGUCAGAUCUUGGGUCGUACAGUGACUGAAGCUGAUCAGGCACGGUCGCUGCGGAAUAUUACCCGAUGGUUACAGGAGGAAUCCGGACCAUCUUGUACCACUGCGCGACAAGCGGCAUCUUUACUUCAGGACGCGGUGUUGAGUCUUCAUGACUGGGACCAGGCUGAUUCCUUCCACUUCCCCUGGUGUUUGUAUCUAUGCACAUUGGCCUGCUGGGUUUUCCAUCGUGGACCCAAUCUUACCUCUGAUGAGAACCGGAUCAACACCGAUUUGUCUUCUUUGAUUGUGAUGCUAACUAAUUGUCCCAGUUUACCUGAGCUAGCGGUUCUAUCUGGCAAAUAUUGUCCUCGUCCUCUCGCAGCGGCUAUGGCUAAACAACUAGCGACAGUCCGAUGGGCCGUUGUUCACGAUGCGAUGAAAGUUUUGAUGAGAUUGUCAUGA